GCGGCUGAAAAGGUUGGGGAAUUUGACAGUUUUCGUGAAAAAAGUUCGGGUCGGUGAAAUUUUUUCAUUCGCCUAAAAUAAACAAAUACGGGGCAAAGUGAAUUGCGGGCACGAUAGGAUUGUGCGGUGAGGCCUGCCAAUGACAAAGGGGUGCCGCCAGGAUGGAGAACAGUGAGGAGAGCGCGAAGAAAGUGUGGACAGAGCAGGACAUGGAUGCGGCUUUGGAUGCGAUGCGAAACGACCAGAUGAAUCUUGUGAAAGCGAGCGUCCAAUUUGGCAUUCCUGCCUCGACACUGUGGCAACGGGCCACGCGACUGGGCAUCCCGGUGCCCAAGAACGGCGUCAAGACGAAGACGUCGAGCAAGGACGGGCUGGCGGAGGCGGUGGUGCUGCUGAAGAACGGGGAGAUAUCGGUGAACAAGGCGUCCAAGGUGUUUGGCAUUCCGCCGUCGACGCUGUACAAGAUCGCGAAGCGCGAGAAGAUCCAGCUCUCGCCGCCCUUUAACACGUCCGCUACGUCCUGGACGCAGGACACGCUGGCCACGGCGAUGGACGCAAUCCGGAAUGGGCACAUGUCGGUGCACAUGGCCAGCACCAAGUUCAAAAUACCGUCCGGGACGCUGUACGGGCGUUGCAAGCGGGAGGGGCUGGAGCUGUCGCGCACCAGCCCGGCCCAGUGGUCGCCCAAGGACCUCAAGGAGGCGCUCGAGGCCAUCCGCUCGGGCCACAUGUCCAUCAACCAGGCGUCCGAGCACUACAAGAUCUCCUACAGUGCUCUCUACAAGCGGGUCAAGCCCAGUCUGUCGCGCGCCGAAGGUCAGGCCGGACACGAGGCCGAGCGCACAGACACGGCGCUGACGGAGACGUCGGAGUCCUCGACGGAGGUGGCGGAGGACGUGCGCAAGGGCAACAGGAUCAUCGAGCAGAACGGCUGCUUCAUCACGGUGUUGGAUCCGUGCCACGUGGAAGAGAAGCCCAUGGCGAUGGGCAUGGAGCAGCAGGCGCACUUGGAGCCGCCGCCGCAUCCCGACGUGCGCCACGACGGCGCCUUUCGCCACAACGGCAGCCCCAUCGGGAUGGGCUACUUGGACUUCGCGCCAGAGCCGCCGGCCCCAAGUGCCAUCCCCGUCACGGGAUACCUCGACUACACAGCCACGGAACCCAAAUACAGCACAAGCGCUGGAUAUCCAUAUCCGGCCAAUGGAUAUGGCAACUUGCGGCCACUGGACCCGAUGGAGAGCGUACCACAGAUUCACAAUCACCAUCAACUUCCUCAAUAUGUGCAGCAACACCCCGGCAUGAAUCCGAUGGGUGGCCACAUGCAUCACCAGAUGCCCAGCAUGAGAGCUUAUCCGGAGCCAGUGGACUAUCUCAAAAUGUCACAUGACCCACUUCCACAUCAGGUUCCGGCCGAACACAGUGAUGUCAACACUUUUAAUCACCUCUAGUGUGUGUCUUCUGGCGCUCGCGCGACCAGUCAACAGACGCGGUGGCGAGCAGUGGCCACAAUCAAAAGGAAAACACCACCCCAGUUCAUCCCUUCAGCACGAGACUUUUCCUCUCAGCCCUCCAGAACUUUCACCGGGACACCUUAGCAUUUUGCCACCAAGGGAGCGGAAGACGGUACAAAUUUCAAAAGAAAGAAACAACUGUAAGUAACAUUUAGAUACUUUGUAGUCAGAUGUGUGCACCUCCAGUGUGAGGUGGAGACAAGAGGAGUGACACUCUUAACCAUCCCGAAGACAGACUGAUUUUCUGCGCUCCUUCGGCGACACAGUGAUCGCGCGAAGGGAUCGCGUUUUGCGGUAUCUUUUCGUCGUUUUAAAUCAAAAUAUAAUUCCUAAGGAGAUUUUUUGAACAAUGUUAUAAAUGGAGAAUUUUUACAGGCAAAAUAGUAGGACACAUCCAAGGUUCUCACACAGGACUGUCUCAGAUUGCUUUUGAGUGUGUGUGUGUUGCCAAUAAAAUAAUGGGACGAGCGAUUGAGUUGCGACGUGAGGCCUAAAGGAUAAUGAAAUGGCCAUGUUUUAACAUAACGAGGUUAUUUUUCGCUUAGAAAAACUACUUAAGAUCCAUACAAAGAAGUUAAAUAAGGACUGUGAUUGUUACUUUUCUGGCGAAAUAUGAUUUUCAUGUAGUGGUCUAGUAGAUUUUAUAUGUUUUCAAUUGUGAGGAAGAUGAGCAUUUCUUGGCCACACUCAGUCUGAGACGUUCUGUGUAUAAUAUUUUCUACAGGCGAUUUUCCCUCAUUACAACUUACAACAAAGAUAAAUGCAGCUGAACAAAGAAACUGAGACAAUUCAACAGAGUUUUUCCUCCCAAUUUUUUUUUUGUAUAAUUUGUAUCGUUAGUCCAUUUUUCUAAUUACUCCAUAGGCUUCUUGACGAUGUCUUUUCACAUCUUCUCGAGAAGAAGAUUUUUAUCGAAUGGAGAUUCUAAUAAAACAAUUGUACAGGAUAGCAGGAAAUCGUGAAAAUAGUUUGUGAGAAGUCUGUGAAGUAAUUAGAUAAUGGUUAGUCUCACUUACCAAAAAUCCGUUUAUUUGGAGAUAAAAGAAUAAUAAAAAAUCACACUGGAAAUUUACACAAUAUUAUUCACACAAGGUAUAGAAAGACACACCGCAAUUUUUAAUAUAUAAAUUCAAACUCCUUUUCAAGAAGAAAGUAAACACCAAACACGAAAAACACACUUCCUAAAAAAACACACACACAAAUUUAAUGAUUAAUGAAAAACUAAUUCUAGAGAAAGAGAAAAUGAUGAAUAUUGAGGUAGAGGAGAGAGAGAGAGAGAAAAAGAGAGUAAAAAGUAAAAAACAUGAGGUUUUUACGUAUAAAUGUCACUUAACAAAAUAAAUAUUCAUUAUUACAUUUUUAUAGCACGUAAAAAGAAUUCAUUGGCGAGGCAUUUUAUUAAGUUUUUUUGUCUUCUAGAUUAAACUUACCAACACAAGAGAAAGAGAGCAAAAGAAAAACACUUUCUUUUACAUGAUUUUUUCCCUAUAUUUUUUUUGGAAUAUGAUAUAAAAUUUGGGGAGAGAGUGAAUGACAAAAAACAUCCCCAUUAAAAAUAAUGAAGAAAUAUAUAUUUUCUAAAGAAAAAGUUUAUACAUGAUGAUUUAGAAAAAUUAAAUCAAUCAGUUGACGGUUCUUUUUAUGUCUUAAGACACAUAUUUUGCAAUUUUUUUUAAAAAACUAAAAUUUAGAGACCUAUGAAAAAUCUUAUGGGACGUGAAAAGGGAGAAAACAGUUAGGAAAAAUACGAGAAUCUCGUUCUAAAAGAGAAAAUUAUUAUCAUGUAUAGAAAGAGAGAGAGAGAGAAAGAGCGAAAGAGAGAAAUUGAGAAGAAAACAAGAAAUUAGUGAGAAAUUCCUUAAAAAACAGUAAUUGUGUCAUGUGUGCAAUAAUUGUCACUUAAAUUUUUCACUUUGUAAUCUGGAUUAUUACAAUUUUAUUGUGUUUUCCUUUUUUAUAUCUCACAAUGAAAUAUUAUAAUAAUGAAAAAUAAUAAUUUGACGUUUCUCUUUGUUCUUCUUUUUUGUUUUUUUUUUAACUAAAAGCCUCAAACUACAAUUUUUUUUAAUAAUUCAAUUGCGUUAUUAUCUUCUUAGCUUCUAUAAUACCUUUUAAAGAGAAUGAAGAAAGAAAAAUAAUACCACUAUUAUCUCUAGUUAUUACAUUUUAAUAUUAAAUGAAAAGAAAAAAAGAUGCGGAAGGGAGAGAGAAUUAUUCAUUAUUAAAUUUAUUAGCGAAAGAACUUAAACGUUAAAUCACAAACAUAAUUCUUGUUGCAUUUUUUGAUUACUUCUUUCCUCAAUUUUGGCGACUUGUUUUUCCCUUAUUAAUACCUUCUUAUUCUUAGAGAGAAUCAAAAUCAAAAAUUUAUACACUUGUUUCGUCUAUUGAUGCGCCCCGCGACGUUUUUAAAGUAAAAGUAAAAAAAAAUUAAAUCAAAAGUAUUUGUUUGCCUUUCUGUUGUACGUUUUUUUUCACCUAUGAUUACAUUUGACAGAGACAAAUGAUGAAGAAUGCGAGAAAAGAAAAAUUAUAUUGACAUACAAAAAUAAAUGAAAAAUGGAAUAAAAAAAACUGAAAUUAGCAUAAUUAAAAAAUAAGCCUAUAGAUUAAAUGUGAAGAAAUACUAUUAUUAUAUAUUAUAUAAUUAUGAAAGAAAAAUAAAGGAAUGCAUUUCAAUGGAUUUUACACAAAAAUAA